UCCCGUGCGCGCGAGCGCGCCCCCGCGCGCUUCUGGCGGUCUCGGGCACGCGCGCCCAUUGUUCCCUGCUGCAUCCCGGCAACAGGCCCAACGGUGGGCACUUCGCCUUCAGCCCUGUUGACAGCUGAAGGAGCUAGCUAGGAGCCUGCUGUGGGUCCAAAGACAGACCUCACCCAAGUGACCCAUGGGCGCUUAUCAGGGCAGGAUCUGUCCCCCACGCCCGCCCCGGGCACCCGAGCGCCAGCACCACUGCGCUCGCCAUGCCCACCACGUUCAUUUGGCCCGCCAUCCUCACACAGCGGUCCGUGCCCCUCCGUUCUCUCGCAGGCCAAACUGCAGGUAUCUGAUGAGUUUGCCGUCGUGCUUCCUCACAGCGUCUCGGCGGCGAUGUUCCAUGCUCUCUCAAACGCUGCGCACUUUUCUGGGGUCCCUCGUCUCAAUCGGCAGGCAUGGCCAUCAGAGGGAAGCGGUGCUGUCUGCUCUGCACUUACAGAUAGCCUGCAGCUCAGUGUCUCCGGUGGGCAGAGCCAGUCACUGUGUGGCACAGGACCAGGUAGACACCCACAUGCCCCUCACAACACCCCGGGGUGCCCCCAGCACCUGCACAGAGCAGAGCCUGUUGAGGGCCAAAGGGGCACCGAAGCAGGAGGAAGACCCUGCACUCAGACUGAAGCAGGCCACUCAGGGAAGGAACCCCGAUGGCACUGGGGCUUCCCGGUCCGCAUUUAGGCCCCUGGGGGUCCAGAGAGGCCACUCUUUCUUCGUGCCCAGGCCUGGGACUCUGCCGAGAACCCUCCAUGCGGAGAUCUCAGGAGACACGGGAAGGAACCCCGAUGACACUGGGCGAGCACGGUCUGCAUUCAGGGCCCUGGCCGUCUCUUGCUUCAUUCCCAGGCCUGGGCUUCUGCAAAGAAUACCCCAUACGGAGAUCUCAGGAAGCCAGGGUGACAAGAAAUCCCAGACCUCCGUGCUAAUCUCCUGCCCCACAAGAAAUGCCAUCACGAGCUCAUACAGCGCCACUCGAGGUUUCCCGCCGGCGCAGAGGAAGAGGCGUACAGCCACAUCCCGUGCUGCUCGCCCAUGCCAGAAAUCCUCCAAAAAAGUGAGCCAGGAGGGUCCUUCUCCCUCCUCGGCUCCCGGCCUUUCCCACAAGUGCCAGCGUGAAAAGGAGGCAGAUGGAACAAAGGGGCAGAAGCGAACCCAGACAGACGGCUCACCCACAUGUGACCGUUCCAGGCCCCGAAAACGAAAGACUUGUCUUCUGCCGCACAGGCGAGGGGACCCUCUGAGUCUGCCAACACCCCCUGAGCUGGGUUUCCGAGUCACAGGAGAACACCUAGACGCGGAGAGGCAAGCUGCACUCCAGAGCAUCCACAGAGCACUUCAGGGAGGUGAGACGGAGGCCAUCCCAGACCUCGCUGCCAUACGUGCUGUAUGGAACGGUCCUGCACCAGCUGUCCUUGCGGCUCCCAGCACGAAUCCAUAGCUGGCGAAAUACAGGAGGAAGCAGGCCUGCUCAGGCCCAGUGACUCUCCCAGAUCCUGCUGGAGGGGCUACCACUGUGCAUCUCUGUCACCCAGGAAGCACAG